GCCAGUUGUCCUCGCUAUCCCAGUGAUGUCGUGGGACUGCGGUCUGAAGUACAUGUUCUCCGUGUCCCCUUCGCUACAACCGAGCAGCAUGUGCAUCCUGCAUGAUAAGGAAGAACUGUCCAGAUUGGAGAUGGUCCAGAGGCUGGCCAAGGAUGGUUGCCGCUUCUUGCAGAAUCACAGCAAGGGCCAAGAGAGGACAAAUGAGCCUGUCCAAAGUGACGAGGCAGUGCGCGUGCAGGAGCGGGGCCGCUGCGUUCUGGUCCUCCGGAGGAUGGCGUCACAACCAGCGAGGGGAGGAGGCAAGCGGGAGGAGGCGGCGGUGGCGGGGAACCGGAGGUACACGGUGGUGUCAGGGACUCCAGAGAAAAUCCUGGAACACCUGCUGAAUGACCUGAAGCUGGAAGAGGACCAGCCGGCCACACAGGGCAAAGACUCAGACACACUUUUGGAUGACUUUCUUCUGACCUAUCCAGUGUUUAUGUCAACUGGUGAUUUAUGUCAAGCUCUUCUGGGACAUUAUUGCUGCAAGCGCUGCCGAUCGAAAGAGGACACAAAGGAGAUUGUGGAGAGGAAACAGAAAGUGGUUCACCUGGUGUCACAGUGGCUACUUCUCUGCAAGGACUUUCUGAGAGAGGACGAGCAUGUCAAGGUGUUCAUGAAGACUUUGUACCGUUACAUGCUAGAUGACCUUUACGAGCACCCCGGCUUGCAGAAGGAUUUGAGGGAGCUGCAGAAGCUCUACCAGUUGCAUCGGAGGCACACGGUGGAGGAAUAUUCACCUCAAAGAAAGAGCAAAGCACUAUUCCACCAAUUAAGCCUGAAAGAGAACGGAGUCCUGUCCAAAGCCACGCACAGACAGACCAAGCAAGUACCUUGUCAUGUUUACAUCACGAUGGACUCCUACCUGAGCAUGAGGGCCCAUCCUGGAGCUGUGGCUCAGGACUUGCUACAAAUAGUGGCUGAGAGAAUGGGCCUUUCCCAGAAUGAACUGGCGCUGGUGGCCGUCACUUAUACUGGAGGCAGACUCCUUCUGCAGCCUCAUGACACACUUUUCUCCCCUUCCCUGCAGCCAGUGGGAAGGCUGCAUGUUUGCAGAAAGGAUCUGGGUGAAGUCCUGAACCCGUUCACAGAAAACUCAAAACUGCAACAGAGGACUGCUCAUAUGCUUAGUUUAAACACAUGGGAUGUUGCUGUAGCAUUCAGCAACAUUGACUGGGCCAUGUUUGACUCCAUUCACGAGCAAGAGCUGAUCUACUUCAUCUUCAGACGUCAUACCAAUGGAAACCACACGGCGGCGCUAGAGUUGCUACUUCAGCGCUUUAAUGAGAUCCAAUUAUGGGUGAUGACUGAAGUGCUGGUGUGCACUGCCCUCUGCCAAAGAGUACAGCUCAUCAAGAAGUUCAUCAAGAUAGCUGCCCACUGCAAAGCACAGCGGAAUCUUCAUUGUUUCUUUGCUAUUAUAAUGGGCCUGAACACUGCUGCUGUCAGCCGCCUCAGUCAGACGUGGGAGAAAAUUCCUGGGAAAUUCAAAAAGCUCUUUUCUGAGCUGGAGAGCAUCACGGAUCCCUCGCUGAACCAUAAAGCCUACAGGGACAUGUUCAAGAAGAUGAAGGCGCCAAAGAUUCCCUUUCUUCCUCUGCUACUUAAAGAUAUAACGUUCAUCCAUGAAGGCAACAAGACUUUCCAUGAUAAUCUAGUAAACUUUGAAAAGCUGCAUAUGAUAGCAGACACGGUCCGCCUCAUCAGACAGAGUCAGAAAGAUCAUUUGGGAAAUGGCAUGAGCCCAAAGAGCAACUCAGACGUGCGCGCUUACAUGGAUAACCUUCACAUCAUCGACAAUCAGCAGACCCUGUUUGAACUGUCGCACAGGCUGGAGCCUCGGACUUGAAAGCAAAGACUUACCGUAGCCUUCUUCAAACACUCAGGACCAUGUCAGCAAUCUGAGGUCACACGGCCGGACGACCACCAGAGAGAGCUAGUCAAUCAGGAAACGCUUGUCUGACACAGGAGACAAGGACAAGUGUUGUUUUUGUUACCGAGUCUAUUUGUAAAGGUUCAUCCAUUCAGACAUAACAUAUUAUUUAUCUGCAGCCAACUUGCAGAAGUCAAAACUGUUGCUGUUACUCUCAUGUCUAGCAGGUAGCAGCAUUUGGCAAACGGAUCUUUUAGGUUUUUAAAGCGAGUUAAGGCACAUUUGACAUGAGAUAACGCAGGAUAACUGCAGCUUUGCUAACAAAAAUAGAUGAAUAAUAUUAACUUUUGAAGCAAUGAUGUAAAACUGGACAAUUUCCUGAUGAUCUCUCAAAGCACACACUUGUUUAGCCAACGAGCCAAGACAGGUCCUGAUAAGAAGGUUCUUCUAUUCAAACAAAAGCAACAGCUCAUUUUUAAUUGCCUCCUAAAAAGUAAUUAUUUAGCAGACAGCUAGCUACUAUAAUUUAUUAUGAUGGCGGAAUGACGAUGACAAAUUAAGAGUAUUUUAGUAAAGAUGUAUUUUGUUAUGUGAGUACAAAAAAAAUUCUGCAGUUGGUUUUGAUGGGUGAAGAACUGCAGUUUAAGCCUUCCUGGUAAAUUCCAAAUCCUACUCCAAGUUAUUAGUCUUUGUGCUUAGGUAAGGACGAACAGUUUACGGUAUUAGUGCAGAACGUUAAUGUAACAAUGUGUGGGUGAAAAGUCAAGUACAUUCGUACCAUUUUAAAAAUAAUCCCAUUUAAAUAAAUGCUGUGGACAAUCAGUAAUUAAGCAGCAGACAAACUCAUUUACAUAUUGUACUCACUCAGAAGUCUUUCUUCAGACUGCAAUAUAAAAGUGCAUCGUUGUCCAUGGAGGACCGACCACGAAGCCACAUUUGACCAUCUAGUCUCGUUUACAUGUAUAGUGUCGUGCUGUAGGGAGAAGAUAGAGGUGAUAUUAACGGUCUCUUUAGGGGAAAAUGUGAAAAUGAAUUUCAAGAGGUUCUGCGUAUAUUUAGUGAGAAGUCAUGAAAGAAAAAUACAUUUCCUAACUUAAAACAACUCAUUGCUGCUGCCCUAGAUGUAUCUUGAGUUCAGACUCGGUAGAAUGUAUAUUAUAUUCCAUUUAUUUGUAUAUUUUCAGUCAUGACUGUUACACAAUGCAUAUUUUUUUGUAUUUGUACUGUAUUCAUAAAAGAAUGUUUGUGCAUAUCCUA